AUGGUGGUGGCUUCCGUGGAUAACCUCGCCGAUGAGAGGAGCAAGGCGCAGUUCGAUGUUGGCGCCAUGAAGAUCGUCUGGGCGGGAUCCAAACACGUCUUCGAUGUCACCGAUCGGAUGGCCCGAAUCGUCGCCAGCGAUCCCGUCCGUUCCGCCUCUAACCCGUCGCUUCUAUUGAUUCGUCUCCUCUUUGCGUUGAAUUGGGUCCGCUCGUCGGCUUUUUUCUUCUAGGAAUGAUAGAUGAUAAUUCAUCCGGAUUUUUGUCGUUUUGGGAGCUCCGGUGAUAUUCGUUCCGUUAGCACCUGUGUUACGCUCGUUUUGGUAGUUUACUUGGUGUUUGAGCGAGGUAGGGAAUUAACUAACUUCUUGCGUUCAGUUGAUUUUAAAUUUUCGUUCCAUAAGUAAGAACCAGUUUUGUUCCAGUGGGCAAACAUGAGAUAAUUUUGUUCUGAUUCUUUUUUUUUUCUCGCAUACAUCAUUUUAAGAUGUUUCACUUCUUCUUUUUUAUGGGUUUGGAAGUGUUCCCGUCUGCCAGUUCGUUAAUCUUUACCCUCACACGUUGGGUUUGCUUCUUUUGAUCUCGAAAGUUUGACUGGCUAGAUUUAUUCUUCUAUGUAUUAUGAUUGUGAUUGAUUUCGUAACCGGUUCCAACCAUUUAUUUUUCUCUUUAAUGUAUUUUAGGAGUUCCGGAAAGACAAUAGAACGACCCUUGGACGGAAGGAGUUAUUUAAAAACACUCUCAGGAAAAUGGCCCAUGUGGUGAAGCGUGCCAAUGAACUUCGUUUAACAGGUGUGUGUCAGUAUGGAAGACCAAGUUGGUAGAGCAAUUUGAUUCCUGUCUUGCAUCUAAACAUGGUUUUCUGUUUCAUUCAAGACAUCGCCCUUUUAGGAAUGGGAAUCAUCUUCCCUUCUUUCGGGAAUGUGGGAGUGCUUGAUCUUCUUUUUCAGUAUUGUCUCAUUAAAUAUGAUUCAAUGCAUCUAAGAUUAUGACCGUCAUGGCUUCAUGCUUUCAAAAGGGCUGGUUCUGGGACAUUAUUUUUGAUGCAUAUAAAUAUCCAUGGAGCAAGGUCUGUAUCCGCAUGGUCCAUCGAGUCUACAGAUUUUUCAUUUAUGGUUUUGAUUAUUCUUUGAAUGGGUCGGAUGUUAAGAAAAUGACAGUAUUAAACUCUUCUUUGGACAAGCAAGCAUGGGUGUGAAGAUGUUGCGUUUCCUCAAUGAAAGAUAUUGUCUGUUUUCCUCCCCUAGCUUUAUGUUGCGAUGAGAAAAUGAAGCUUAAUAUUAUUUUUUACUUCUUGAUGAUUACUAUUGGGUAAUAAUCAAUGUCUUCAUCAUAAAUUAUGAUAUGUGGUACAAUUGACUAUUUCCAUAUUGAUGGAGUCAUUCUUUUUCAAUGACUUCAUACUUGGUUGUGGGGUAAUAAUCUAGUCUGCAUAUUACCCCACCAAAGACUCUAGUCGUCAGUUCAUUUAACUAUCAGGAUUUAACCUAUGUUCUGACUAGUUUUAAUAGUCUUACUGAUUUCUCAUUGGGUUCAUGAUUAUCUAACAUAAUAAUUUUCAUUGCAACAGAAGAGGAGGCAUCAAAGCUGAGAUUCUUCGUGGAUGAGCCUGGUUACUUGGACUUGCACUGGGUAUGUGGUAUUUAUUCAGUUGAAUAAUGUUCUUCAUAUCUUAUUUACUUAUUAGGUGGUUCGAGUUCCUUAUUUUACCUUCAGGAUGGUCACUGUUGAGGUCUUUCUUCAACACCUUAUCACAUCUUUCAGUCAAAUUUUGCUUUUUAUUAGCGGUUUUGUCCUGUAGUUGCUGAAUUUUGUACUCCCACAGCGGGUUAGGCCAAAAAAUAGAACUUCCUACCCUGUAAAAUCGACAUUGGUGGAAAUUUCUUACAUUAUAUACCUAGAUAUUAAUCAUAACAUCACAUUUCCAUUCUUCUUGGUUAGUAAUUUUGCUCUCAAUAAAUGAAUGAGGACUAUGAAUUCCUAAAACUAGGCAUAGUAAAAGAUACACACUAAUGAGGUUUAUCACUUAUUGACUCCUGUGUACUGAGUGAUCAAUUUUUUGCAAACUUUUGUUUUAAUGCCGAACAUCUGAAUAACUCUUUUAUACCUUCUUUUAGGUUCGAUUCGUCAGAUGUUUUUUUCAUUUUCACCUUUUUUCUUUUAAAUCUAUCUUUUACAUUGUCUUUUAAGUUCUGUGAUCAUGGCCUCCUUCGUGACUUGCUGACUUUUUAACCAGUUUAGCCUGUAUAGUUUUCUUUGUUUUCAAAAUUUCUUGCCUCCUCCAACCUGGUUCUAUUGGAUUUUCCUGAUUCCUUUUACAGUGGAUCUUAUUACCCACCCAAAACCUAGGUUGGUAAUGGUAAGAUGUUCGAUCAGAAAUUAAAUAGUUUCCCUACACACCAGAUUUCGUCCUCAAGAUUUGUGGAUACUAUUUUGAACUUGCAUGCUCUCUUGUUAAUUUUGUUUGAAAGUGGACAUUAUCAAUGGCUUCUGAUCAGAUAGAUCUUAUAUCAGCCAUCAUGAAUCUGCCUUUGAUUUGGAGCACAAGUGUUACUGUUGAAGAUACUUUGUUAUACCAAUCCUCUAACCAGAGCAAAUAAUGGCAAUCAUCAUAUUUUAAGAUAGAAUAUUUAACAAUAAAUGAUCAUUUGUAAAAGUGUAUAGAACUCAUCAAUGCAAGAUUGUAAAGACAGUUGGGGAAAAGGUUUUUGCCGUUCUCCCCUCUAUCCUCCGUGAUAGAGGUUUAUCUCUCAAUUUUCUACAUGGUAUCAGAGCGGGUUUCGUUGGCUCUGCCCGGUGUCUUUUGUCUGGGGGAGUGCUGCCGCCACCACCUCUGUUCGGCGUUGGUUCUACCUGGCAUCUCUUGUCUGGGGGAGCAUCGACACCACCAUCACCAGCAUCUGGCAAUAGGCAGGUUACAUGUCAGAGUUCUGCCUGGUGUCUUCUGUCUGGGGGAGUGCUGCCACCGCCACCUCUGUUCGGUGUUGGUUCUACCUGGCAUUCUUGUCUGGGGGAGCAUCAACACCACCAUCACUGGCAUCUGGCAAUAGGCAGGUUACAUGUUAGGGUUUCAAACCCCUCUUUGUCCAGUGAGGGUUUCUUUCUCUGUCGAGUGUCUUUGUUCAAUGGGGGUUUCUUCCUCUGCUGAGUAUCAUUGUUCAGCGAGGGUCCCUUGCUCUGCCGAGUAUCUUUGUCCAGCAAGGGUUUAUUCUUCUGUUGAGUAUCUUUGUCCAGUGAGGGUUUAUUUCUCUGCCGAGUCUCUUUAUUUGGCAAGGCUUUGCCUCUACCGAGUAUCCUUUCGGCGAGGCCUUCUGCCUCUGUGAGUAUCUUUCUGGCGAGGCUUUCGACCUCUGUUGAGUCUCUUUUGGCGAGGCCUUUUGUUUUUGCCUCGUCUAGUUUCAUUCUUAUCAUGUCAUCUUUUAGGUAUUGUCUUAGUCUAGUAUCAUCCCCCGUCCUCAAUCUGUCUCAAUUUAUCUUAGUUCGACAUCGUCUCUAGUCCAACUACGAGGAUCUCCCACAGUUUGCAAAGGUUGACAACAUCACGUGUAUUUCCAGUGUCUGAAGACAUCAUUCUACUAUGGAGCUGUUCCUGGGGUAUAGCAAUCAUCAGAGGAGCCAAAGGUGCUGACAAACCCACGACCUUGGUAGUGGUCAUCUUUGACAACUGUCAUAAAGGGAGUUGCUGCCACAACAGAUUGUGAACAACUUAGUCAAAAUAAACUUCAAAAAGGGGGAGUGUUGGAAGUUCUAGGUCGUAUGGAAAUAGUGUAAUAAGUUGAAGGUGUUUUUGAAAAUUGUCUAAGGUUUUUCCUUAUAUUAAGGGGUCUAAUAGUUCAAUGGAAUUGAGACAGUUUCCACCAUUCUCCCCUUUGUCCUGUAUGAUAGAGGUUUCACUCUCAAUUUCUACAGUACCACACAUAUGAUAUACUUGAUCUGUCUUCAGGAUAAGGAUGAAAGUAUCCAAAAUUAUUAUCUGGAACAUGGUUGAGAAAAGUAGGAAAGGGACCUACCUGAUCAUCAGUGCUGAAAGAGUGGACGAAUAGUUAUUUUGAGCAAUUUACUUUUAGGGUAGAGGGGCUUGUAUUAAGGUUAUAUUGAACACAAACAAAAAUGAGAAUAUAAGUUCUGGCAUCAUAUUUUACUUCUCAUUAAUUUUUAGACAAAUGGCCACAUAUGUGAAUAAAUAUUUUUAAGGAGCUUUUUUAAUGGCCUGCAUAACCUGAAAUCAGCAGAAAACCAUCUUUUUAGUCAAUGGCUCAACAGCUCGGUGCUGGUUGGUUAAACUUGUCAGAUGGAAAAUUUACCUGCAAAACAUCAAACAAUCCAAGCUGAAAUAGAUUGUUCACAUCUAAAUGUGUUGUGUAAAAUAAUCUUAGAGCUGUUGUUUUAGGGGCAGUAGUCCUUGGGAUUGGUCAAUCUAUUCUUAUGAGGGUUUAUUCUUAUUAUCAUUGUGUUUUUAUUUCAGAAAAUGCACAUAAUGAGACCACCUGGACUAAUUCCUUUCUAAAAUCAGUGGACGGGAGAAGAAAAAGAAGAAUGGAGUAGACAGAAUGAAUAGGAAAAUAGGAAGAAAGGACAGAGUAGAUAAACACAUCUGAUGCCACUGACAUAUACCACUUACUUGCUUCUGCUUCUUGUCGCUGUUGAUGGAGAAGAAGAGAAAAGGAAAAGGGAGAAAAAUCACCUGAAGCUGCUGCCAAUCACACUGGUCACUGCCGACCACUUUUAUUAAUAAACCGUUAAUCCUAUUGUCCCUAAAAUGAUGAAAUUGUUCUUAGGGUUUACUCUGGGUUUAUUUUACUGCUGCAACCGUGCAGACGUAGAAAUUCCACUUGAUUGGUGGAAUCCUGUACCCUUCAUGUAGACUCUUAUGUGUUGCUUAUGUUGGCUUGCAACUGUAGGUUUUGUUCUAUUCUGACUUUACCUGGGAUCCUUUGUAUAGCGUUUGACAGUACCAAGAGGGAUAUAAUUGAUUUUGGUUGUUGCUGCUUGAUUUUUCUGAUAUUGGCUCGGUGUUCAGCUUCCCAAGCCAUGGAGCCGAGUGACACCUUAUUGCCAGUGAUGUUCGGGUUUGAUUUUUUUUGCUUGAUUAUGUUAUACUUCAUUUAUUCUCUUUUUGGACAGCUUCUGGGCUACUCUGUUUGGUUUUUCUCUGGUUCUUUACUGAUUGAAUAGGUUAUUCAUACUCUUAUUAAUCUAGAUCUGGGGUUUAUGUUGUUUGGUUUUUGUGUUGCUGUUUACGACGUGAACCAGGCAACCUUGCUUUCUUUUAUUAAGGUCUGCAGUGUAGAUUGCCUGGUCUCUACAAUUUGCUUCUUCCAUAGUCGUUGAUAUUAGCAUCAUUUGUUUUAACCUGAAUUUCAGGGAAUGUUUGUACCGGCUAUAAAAGGUCAGGGAACUGAAGAACAACAGGAAAAGUGGUUGCCAUUGGCCUCUAGAAUGGAGAUAAUUGGUUGCUAUGCACAAACUGAACUUGGACACGGGUCAAAUGUGCAAGGGCUUGAAACUACAGCAACGUUUGAUCCAAAAACUGAUGAAUUUAUCAUUCAUAGUCCUUCCCUUACCUCCUACAAAGUAAGUUUCUUUUAAUUGAUAGAGUGAAAUUCAUUUCAUCAUAAUCAUGAUCAUCAUUAUUAUCGUUACUGAUAUACAAAUCCAGUGACCUAAGCUUGGUAGAACCAAUAAGGGAUCCAAACAUUUAGAAAGGUAUAGGUCUUGUUGCCUGUUGAUGCUAGUUCUCUAUAAGAUCAAAUCCAAUUCCAAUGAGGGCUAUUGGGACGCAGAAAAAUAUUGGUGAAUUUAUCACCUUAUAAACUAAGACUUACCUUUAUGUAAGUAGCUAGAAAAUAAAAUUUCCCCUAGGUUCUGUGAUGAAAGAAACCAAAAUUCGUGUAGAGUUUUGUCAUCUCCUUGAGGCUGAACAUCAUUCACUGGACAGUAAUAUCCUGAUAUGAUUUCUGCGAUGAGAUACCUAUCUAGUUGUUUUUCUCUGUGAUGAUCACAUAAGUUUUUACUUUUUUCUACAUUGCGAUGACUAUAUCAUGAUACUGCAUUCUGUACCGGAGUGUUUCAACGUUCUUAUAGUUAUCAAAGGAUAAUGUAAGAGAGCUCUGUUGGUACAUGUUCUCGACAUUCUAUGCCAUGUUGUGUUUUAUUGUAGCGUGCACAUCUCUGAAAAUAGUUUAGCUCUAUUGGUACAAAUUACUUGUCAGGAAACAUUCUAAUCUUCAAUAUUCAAAGUAUCCACAGAAAAUACAUGUUCUAAUCAAUGAUGGGGUUCAAGGGUCUUAAUAGAUUAUGACAGUGACAUAAAUUAAUCAACAAAGGCAUUUCACGGCAUUACAGUUCUAGAAGAUCCAUCACAUGAAUAUUUCUCAAAGAAAGAUUUUUUAUUGUGAAUUACUAAGUGUUUCCAAUAGAUCUGAGUUGAUGAUUAGAUUCUGUUAGUAGAUUGGACAGAGCUAAACUGUUUUUUUGGAUUGUUGACAGUGGUGGCCUGGUGGUCUGGGGAAAGUCUCUACUCAUGUUGUUGUGUACGCCAGACUGGUCUCUGGUGGUCAGGAACAUGGAAUUUAUGGUACAGUUUCUUUCCUGCUUAAACAUCCAAGAACUGGUAUCUUAUCAAUGUCUACAACAGAAUGUAACUAGGUUCCUACUUCAGGUUUUAUAGUCCAGUUACGGAGUUUAGAUGAUCAUACACCUCUUCCUGGUAUCAUCAUUGGUGAUAUUGGAACAAAGUUUGGCAGUGGCGCAUACAAUACUAUGGACAAUGGAUUUGUAUGUUUUAAUCGUGUGCGCAUACCAAGAAACCAUAUGUUGAUGCGGUUUGUUCAACUAGACUUAUCUCUGUUUUCAAACUUUGUUAUUUGCUUCUGUUAGCUCUAGGCUGAAACAAGAUGGACAUGUUAUUGAUGAUUUCUUCAUUAUGUUUCAUUUUAUGUAACUUCAGGUUUUGCCAAGUAACGAGAGAGGGGAAUGUUUGUCUGUCUGAUGUUCCAAAACAAAUGGUUUAUGGGACAAUGGUUUAUGUUCGUCAAACCAUUGUUUCAGAUGCCUCAUGGGCUUUAUCUCGAGCUGUUUGUAUUGCUGUGAGGUACAGUGCUAUCAGAAGACAGUUUGGAUCGCAGGAUAGAGGAAUUGAAACUCAGGUAUAAUGAUAUCUAUUUCAAGAACGUAAAUGAUUGAGUUAUAUUUUUGAACUUGCACUUUAGGAUCACUAUCUACUCUUCAGUGAAAUUGAAAAUAUAAAUCUAAAUGAUGAUAGAUGUGGUUCCAUCUUAUGCAUAAUGCCAUAAGUUUGCUGAAGGAUACAGGUUCUUAAUCAAUUGUUAGUUAUCUUUUAUAUAUGGAAGCCUGAAUUGUCUUACCAGAUGCAUGGAUACAGCUUCUUGACAUGAGACGUGGCAUACAACGUGACAGGAAGUAUCAAAAUCUGUGCAGAUCCUUGCAUGUUCAACAUAGUUACCUUAAAAAACAACAUUUAGUGGCUUUUUGCAUGAGUCCUGGAGUCUCUUUUGUUGUACGUUGAUCAUGUUAGUUGGACUUUAUUUUUUCCUUUUGUUGUAACUUCCUUUAAUAUUAAAGAAUCUGUAUGGGAUGUGCAAUAUCGAAUUAAGGCUCAAUAUCGAUAUUGAAUGGUUUUUUGCUAUAUUCGCAGACAAAACUGCCCUAAGUGAGGAUUUUGGGAGGGACAGGUAGUUCUUUUCUCGGUAAGAGGGAAAGAGGUAUUAAGACUCAGGUUAGAGGGGGAAAGAGGGCAUUGAGGAAUGAUUCUAGGGCAGCUGUGACUCAGGGAGAGCAGGGGGCUUCUCGAACGUCCCCUAACAACUCUAGCAUUCUUUGGAGCCCAAGUUAUGUUUUCUACUGAUUAAUCUUCAUUUUCCUUCUACAUCUUUCGUGUUUUCUGUUGGGAUUGUCUGCUGAGAUCUAGGGUCCUAAGGGGCACACACAUCCACAACACGUUUAUGGGAACUCUGAUCCGUUCACCUUUUUAAUGGCGAAUCUAACGGUUGCAAUUUAAUUAAAUGCUGAGGAUAUUCAUUACGCUUUUACUUAUCAAUUUCUGUGAUGCUUUCUUUUUGACGCCAAUAUUCUUUUGUCAUAUCUUAGUUUCCCUGUUAGGACAAAGGAAUAUGAAUUUUUGUGAUUCCAUGUCAGUGCUUAUCUCUGUCUCUGAUUCGUAUACACUGUGCUGGCCAUCUAUUUUCGAGUGUUUACCGGGUGUUAAAUUUAGUACUAUGCUGCCUUUGGCACAGGUGCUCGAUUACAAAACUCAGCAGAGCCGGCUCUUUCCACUACUAGCUUCCGCCUAUGCCUUCAGGUUUGUUGGUGAGUGGCUAAAAUGGCUAUACGCGGAUGUUACAGAAAGGUUGCAAGCAAAUGAUUUCUCAACGCUGCCUGAAGCUCAUGCAUGCACGGCUGGCUUGAAGUCUUUGACAACAUCAGUCACUGCUGUAAGCCAGUUGCUGAACUAUUUGUCCUCCAUGUGGAAUAUUUGCCACUUAAUCAGCAAUCUUGAUGAGUUGAUUCUGACUUUCUGUCUUUGGGUUUAUUUACUCUAUUUCUCGAAAAUUCGUAUGCUUCUUCUAUGAUUUUUAUUUUUCUGUCACUCCUAAGAGGAUGUGUACUGAAUGUUGUAUGGCCUACUGACUUUUUCUGCUACGACCCAAUACAAUUAAGGACUUAAUAUAAAUUUUGUUUAUAUUUUUAUGCUCCUGAAAAAAAUAACACAAUCCAAUGAACCUUGUAAAUUAGCCUCUAGACUGCUAUUGUUUUAUUUACCAUUUUCAUUAUUAUCCUUAGUAAGCAAUGAACAACCUUUACAGUACUGUCUUCACUCCAUGAUGAUCUAAUGACUUUUUACUAAGUCGAGACUAAGUUAAAGCGGUGGUCCGUUUUCUUCUCAAUGUUUGCUCAUCAUUUUGACUACCUUUUCCUUACUAUAUAAUUGAAUUACUUGUAUUAGUUACUAAUUUGCUUCUAUCAUUUUUUUUUCUGGUGAACUGGAAGUGUAUUUCUGGAAGUUUUGCAUGAACUAGAAUUCAUUCUCAGUUUCUUGUUUGAACUUGAGCCAAUGGUCACCUGUUAAUAUUUGUUGAUACUUUGGUACUCCCUCAUUUACAUAAUAAAGUUACAGCGCGCCAACUAAUAAUAUUGAAUUUUGACUAAGGCAAUGAUAAAUUGGGCAGUCUGAUAUUAUCACUAUGUAAUCUUUUUCCUCUCCAUCCUAUAACUAGAGAAUCCAACACAAGAGGGAUGAUCUUCUUGCUUUCUUCUUUGUCUGUGUUGGCGAUUUGAAGGGGAUUUUUGUCCUGAAAUUUCAUUUUGAACUUAUAUUGAGAUGAAUGUCUGCUGAAUUGAUUUUUCGAUCUAUAACUUUUUUAGCCUUGGUAUAAUAUUUUCGUUAUGGACAUCAAAAAAUCUUUUUGUGGGGAAUGCCAGUCGAUUAACAAUAUCUGAAGGGAUAUCUCAUACGGAUAAUUGUUGGCGGUUCACCAAACGAUAGCAACCCAGAUAAUGUACUUUCACAACAGCUGCAUUCUUCCCUGGAAAGAAAAUGUGGACGAUAUUUGUACCUCUUUGAAUUGAUGGUGCACGUUCAUUGACGUUUGCAUUGUGGACUGCUUCAAAACGCUAGAUGUAUAUCUGAAUAGCCUGAGCCUUGGAUGAUUAUUCAGAAUAUGAACGCUGGCCAUCUUAAGAUAAGGAUCCAAAUUACCGUAUCUCGGUCCUAAGGAAGUUCUUUUUACUUCUAUCUUCAUCUACUAUCACUAAAGUAAAACAUGAAAUAUGAAUUGUGUACGACAUAUUUCAUGUUUCAAUGCCAUUAACGUCCUAUCAUUCGGAAAUAGAUAGUUUGUACGUCUGUCAGUAUCUGGGCAUGGUUGGAGAAAAGUUCUUUUCAAUUUCAUUUUCCUUCAUUUUGGCUCAUUUGCAAACAUCAUAAGUUAUUUUAAGUUUUUUUUCCAUGCUGAUGCCGAUUUUUUGAAUUUUAGCGCGGACAGUUUCUGACAUACAGACUCUUAAUAUAGUUAUUGGUGCUGAAAGUUUCCAACUCAAUUACUGAGAAUAAUAAACUUCGACCUUGCUCAUUUUUGAUUUCCUUUAAAAUUUAUCUUGUAAUGACGUUUUACAAAAUGUUUCAUUGCAGGAUGCAAUUGAGGAAUGCCGCAAACUCUGUGGUGGUCAUGGUUAUUUGUGUAGCAGUGGGCUCCCUGAAUUGUUUGCUGUCUAUGUUCCAGCCUGUACGUAUGAAGGUGAUAAUGUGGUCUUGCUCUUGCAGGUUUGUUCGUGAAUCCACAUCUUUUCUUGUUAACUUCUGGCAAAGCCUGAAAAUAAAUUUUCUGGGACAAAGGCAUAUUAAACAGUUAGUUGGGGUGCUUUUUCGCUGUUAUUUUGUUUGAUGUUCUUAGAAAAUUGUUUUUCCUUAUUUAUAUCACGUCCUGUAACCAGUUCGACUAUUGUACACCAAAUAUGAUCUUGUGAAGCUCUCUUGCUCGCUCUACAAGGUAGAAGGAAUCUUCUGAGAGUCACUUUGUGGUUUUUUGUGAUUAGAUGGCACAAUUAUGAACAGCGUUCCGCUCUGAGAAAUGUUUUGUUUAAAGUAGCAACUGUUCUCUAGUCAACAUUCCCUAUUCGAGGCAAUAUUGUCAUCUAAAACUAAAGGGAGCACUUAUCCACGAACGACUAAACAUCAUAGCUAUGCAGUUGAUAUCUAUUCAGUUUCGUCAUCUUACAGAAGAAUGGGACUGGGAUCCUAAAUCUUUGUCUCGUAUAUCAUACGCUGCUGGAGAUUCGGGUAAUGAUGAUGUGAUUUUUGGGACUUGGAAUAAUAAACUUGGCCAGGAUUACAAUGCAUAUUGUUCUAUUUUCACGAUUUCCACUUUCCACAUCAUCAUGCGCUAUAAAGAUGAAUUAUGAAUUUGGCCUUCGUUGAUGUCACACGUAGGUUGCAAGGUUUCUUGUCAAGACUGUUUCUCGACUGGCUGCUGGGAAAAAGCCAGUAGGGACAACAACGUACAUGGGCAAUGCAGAGCACUUGAUGCAGUGCAAAUCAAGUGCUAGUUCACGUACUUUUCGUCUUAACCAGUGAUGCAGUGUUCCUUAAGUGGCGAUCAACACAUUCAUAUACGUAGAAUUCUUGGUUGUGUCUGCAGCUGAGGACUGGUUAAAGCCCUCUGUCGUGUUGGAAGCAUUUGAAGCUAGAGCUUUUAGGUUGGCUGUUGCUUGUGCUCGAGAUAUCAGCAAGUUCUCUACCCCAGAAGCAGGUAUUGCACCUGUUGUUGCAUUAGAGCAUGCGGCGCUUCUUCUUCUCUUUUGAUUGGCUUUCAGAUUGGGAAAGGCGCUGGAUUUUAUAUUAUUGCAAGCGUAACUAUGCGCUUAUCCAUGCUAUAGAUAUAUGCGUCACUUGCUCAUUUUUACGGCUAUAACUGACAUUACAGCUUUACUCUUAGGCUUUGCUGAAUUAUCUAUUGAUCUGGUGGAGGCAGCAAUAGCUCACUGCGAAGUGAUUGUGGUUUCCAGGUAAGUAGUGGUGCUUUUGGGGUAAUUCUAUCAUUAGUCUUUUGGGAAUUUCUGGCCACGUUUUAAUGAGUUGCACCACUGAAUAAAAACCCUUCUUUUAGUCUCAUCUAUGGUUGUGAGGAUCAGAUGAAGCACAAGGCCCUCCUUUUUGCCCACUGUCCUCCCUUUAAGACAGCCAAUAAAUUUCGACCGUUUUUCAAUUUUUUUCUGGCGUAUUGUCGUGUGCUGAGUCUGGUGAUGUGGAUCUUUCAGGUUCAUCGAGAAGGUUCAGCAGGACAUUCCGGGGGAUGGAGUGAAAGAGCAGCUUCAGAUCCUUUGCUUCAUCUAUGCACUUCAUCUGAUUCACAAGCACAGCGGCGAGUUCCUGUCCACCGGAUGCAUCACACCUGAGCAAGCCACCCUGGCCAAUGAGCAGCUCAGGACCCUUUAUGGCCAGGUGGGUCUUCCGGUUUUUCAGGUGCUUAGUAGAUAAAAAAAAACGUACCAAUGCUGACCCGUGGCUCCGGUUUCAUGGCAGGUUCGUCCAAAUGCAGUCUCCCUUGUUGAUGCUUUCAACUACACUGACCAUUAUCUGGGUUCUGCUCUCGGUCGUUAUGAUGGGAAUGUGUACGCGACUCUAUAUGCCCAAGCUUUGAGAGAUCCCCUCAAUGACACGGUGGUACCUGAUGGAUACGAGGAGUUCAUUCGACCAGUUCUGAAGCAAACUAUGAGGCUUUCAAGGUUGUAG